AUGGCUGUUUUGGUGAUGGUGGCGGUGGUAGUGGUGGUGGUGGGGGUGGCGGUAGUGGGGCUGCUGGGGGUUGCCAUGGUCGCCAUACCCACUCUCUCUCUCCUAUUGGUCCUGGCAGAGUGGGCGGGUCUGGUGGACUCCUCCCCUCACCUCCUGCUCCGGCCCAGUCCGCGGGAGCGCGAAGCCGGGUCCAUCAUGAACUUCAACAUCGCCGUGAUCCACGCCGGCGCCACGGUGCAGGCCGAGGCGGCGGUCGCGGGGCCCGGGGGAAGGGUGCUCUACCCUGGCUUCGGCCGGGUGCACAGCUCCCUGGGGGAGAGCGUGGUCACCCAGUGGGGGUCCGCCAACGUCAUCUGGCUGCAGGUGAACGACAGCAGCCCUAAGACGGUGCUGUCCCAGCUGUGUGACCUGCUGGCAGCGAGGCCCCUGCAGGGCCUGGUGUACGAGGAGGAGAGGCCCCCCCCAACAGCCUGGGGGCCCCUGGCCCCGAUGCUGGAGUUUGUCUCCGCCCAAACAGGACUGCCUAUUGUGGCAGUCGGAGGGGGAGCAGGGUUGGGGCGGAUGCCACAGGAGACAGGCUCCAUCUUUCUCCAGUUCAGCUCCUCCACCGCCCUCCAGCUGGAGGUGAUAUUCGAGGUGCUGGAGGAGUACGACUGGACGGCGUUCUCUGUGGUCUCCACGCGUCACCACGGCUACCAGGACUUCCUGUCGGUGGUCGAGGGCCUGACGGACGGCUCCUUCAUCGGCUGGGAGAAGAAGAGCGUGGUGAUCCUGAACGUGACCGACGACCCGGGGGGCGCGCGCACCCGCCGGCUGCUCAAGGAGAACGAGGCGCAGGUGCGUCUGCUCUACUGCUCCCAGGAGGAGGCCGAGAUGGUGUUCCGGGCAGCCUCGGCUGCGGGUCAGGCCGGCGCCUCACACAUGUGGUUCGCCGUGGGGCCCGCCCUCGCGGGUCUGGGUAUGGACAACCUGCCGCGGGCGCUGUUCGCCGUGCGGCCGCAGGGGUGGCGCGACGAGCCCCGGCGGAGGAUCGCUCGCGGCGUGUCGGUGCUGACGCACGGGGCCGUGGCGCUGCGCAAGGACUACGGGACCACGGGGAGCCCCAACUUUGUCAGCAACUGCAUGACGGACGCCAAUCAGACCCAGCGGCUGCGCGGCCGCAUGAGGUACUUCAGCAAUAUCACGCUGGGCGGUCGAGAUUAUUCCUUCGAUGGCGACGGUUACCUGGCCAAUCCCUUUCUUGAUGUCAUUUCCUGGACACCCGGACGUGGAUGGGAAGAUGUAGGCUGGUGGGAGAACGGGGCGCUGAGGCUCCGCUACCCGGCCUGGUCCCGCUACGGGCCCUUCCUCAAGCCCCCGGACGACGCCCAGCACCUGCGGGUGGUCACCUUGGAGGAGCGGCCCUUCGUCAUCGUGGAGCUGGCGGACCCCGCCUCAGGCACCUGCAUCCGGGACUCGGUGCCCUGCAGGAGGCCCCUCAACGCGAGUUCUAUCCAAGAGGGCGUGGCCCCCAUGAAGCAGUGCUGUAAGGGCUUUUGCAUCGAUAUCCUCAAGAGAUUGGCCAAGAUCGUUGGCUUCACUUAUGACCUUUACCUCGUGACCAAUGGGAAGCAUGGGAAGAAAAUUGAUGGAGUAUGGAACGGCAUGAUUGGAGAGGUUGUGUACAAGAGAGCGGACAUGGCCAUCGGCUCUCUGACCAUCAACGAGGAGAGGUCAGAGGUCGUGGACUUCUCCGUUCCCUUCGUGGAGACGGGUAUCAGCGUCAUGGUCUCUCGUAGCAAUGGCACCGUUUCGCCUUCGGCUUUUCUAGAGCCCUACAGUCCGGCUGUGUGGGUGAUGAUGUUUGUCAUGUGCCUGACCGUGGUGGCUGUGACCGUGUUCAUCUUCGAGUUCUUCAGCCCCGUGGGCUACAACCGCAGUCUUCGGAGCGGAAAGAGUGAGUGCUCACUGCAGCCUUCCGCCCAGCCUACCGUCCCCUUACUCUGUGCUGCUCCUCUCACAGAGACCGGUGGCUCCACCUUCACCAUCGGGAAGUCAGUGUGGUUGCUAUGGGCCAUCGUUUUCAACAACUCGGUGCCAGUGGAAAACCCCAGAGGAACCACCAGCAAGAUCAUGGUGCUGAUCUGGGCCUUCUUCGCUGUCAUCUUCCUGGCCUCCUACACUGCCAACCUGGCCGCCUUCAUGAUCCAGGAAGAAUACAUCGACACAGUGUCUGGCCUCUCAGACAAAAAGUUCCAGCAUCCCGAGGAGCAGUACCCACCUCUCAAGUUUGGCACGGUGCCCAACGGGAGCACGGAGAAGAACAUCCGGUCCAACUACCCGGACAUGCACCAGUACAUGGUCAAGUACAACCAGAGAGGGGUGGAAGACGCCAUACACAAUCUCAAGACCGGGAAGCUGGAUGCGUUUAUUUAUGAUGCUGCAGUACUGAACUAUAUGGCCAGGAAGGAUGAGGGUUGUAAGGUGAUGACCAUAGGCUCGGGGAAGGUUUUUGCCACCACAGGCUACGGUAUCGCCCUGCACAAGAACUCACGCUGGAAACGUCCUCUUGACCUGGCCCUGCUGCAGCUGGUGGGAGACGAUGAGAUUGAGAUGCUGGAGCGCCUCUGGCUGUCGGGCAUCUGCCACAACGACAAGAUCGAGGUGAUGAGCAGCAAGCUGGACAUCGACAACAUGGCGGGGGUCUUCUACAUGCUGCUGGUGGCCAUGGGCCUCAGCCUGCUGGUGUUUGCCUGGGAGCACCUGGUCUACUGGAGGCUGCGCCACUGCAUGGCGACCAGCUCCGGCAAGCUGGACUUCCUCCUGGCCAUCAGCAGAGGCAUGUACAGCUGCUGCAGCUUUGAAGACGAAACCACGCCAGGGGGCGCUAAGUCUCUGCCUCAUCACCACGGGGCCAUGGUGGCCAUGCCGCCGCAGCAGCAGCACGUGGUCAACACUUCCGUCAGCAACCAGGCCAUCGCCAUGGCUCAGCAGCAGCAGCAGGUACCCCAGCCCCAGCAGCAGCCACCCCAGCCCGUCUACAAAACCCCACUCCCGGGGUCGCCUCCCACUGUGGUGCACACCGGGACUUCGCUGGGUCCGCCCAUCACCCCGCUCGCUGGGGCGCCUCUUCCCUGCAGCACCUUUCUUCCGCGGCCCGACCGCAGGCUGGCUGUGGUGGAUCGCUGGAGGUUGCCCAAGUCUGCUACCGCCACCAACCCCAUGGCUGUGGUGCGGGGGCCGGCCAUCCCAGACAUGGGCCCCUUUUCUCAAAAAGUGCCCCCAAACUGGGCUCAGACUGCUGGAGGUGGUGGGGGGCUAGACGGCUAUAAGAGAUAUUAUGGUCCCAUUGACCCUGAGGGACUGGGGCCCUGCAUGGAGCAGCAAGCAGGGUCCCAGACCCCCAAGACUAUACCAAGGGGCCACCCCCAGCCCCCUCCAGCCAGUGUGGCCUUCUACUCAGAGAAGGGCAUGGACCAUGGAUUGGGGAAGAGGGUGGUGGGAGGUGGCGGUGGAGGUCAGGGGAAAGGGGCCACUAAGCCUCUGGGCACUCCCAGACUGCCUGCUAAGAGCCAGGCCCCUCUACCUCCUAACCCCCCGCUGCCACAUCCCUCUCCCCCUCUCCCCUCAUCCUUCUGGAGGAAGCGCAGGCCAAAGAAGCCCAAGGAGCCUGGGGGCCCUUUGUACGAGAACAUUCUACCCCUGGGGCGGAGGGGAGGAGGGAGGGACGGAGUUUGA